AUGCCGAGGGAUAAACAAUCAUCGCCUCCAUCCUCUUUUGAGCGUCGUCCCCGGCGCUCCCACAGGUCAACCUCCCGCGUCAGCCAUUACAACGUAGUCGGUGCACAUAUGUACUUCUUCCGCCCCACUAAGGCUUAUCACGCAGAAGUGGAAAAUCGGGAUACAUGUCCUGAAAGAUCGGGUUCGCUUUCCGCUGCCACCAAUGUAGCGUCCUGA